AUGAAUUGCCUAGGGCUCAGUAGUCGCAAAAUGCUGUGCCACAGCUACUCGCUCGCGCAGCAUCGCAAUCGCGUCAUGCUGGCAGCCUUGCGCCGACCAGCAUCAGCCUUCAGUACAGCCGCCAUCGUUAUGCAACGGGUCCCUGCAAGACCGCAAACCCGGCAGCGACCGCCGCAGAAGCAGCUCGCGUCCGAUACCCCCAUUCAAGAGGCACGGCAGCUUGUAAUGGCGAGCAUCUUACCAGAUCAACCUCGCGGUUAUAUUCGCACCGGCCGAUUCACGUAUAGACUCAUACUAUGGGGAGUAUUCGUCGGGCCAUGCUUGGUGGUUUUCUACUGGUGGGCAUCAGCCAAGGUCAAGGCAAGCAAGGGUGAUGGUUCCCAGUUGAAAUGGAUGCGCGAGAACUUCACGCUCUCGCGUAAGAACCUAGACGAGGGCCGCUGGUGGACGCUCAUCACCUCUGCAUUCUCGCACAUGGAUCCGAUGCAUCUGUUGUUCAACAUGUUAACCCUGCGCUUUGGCGUCGAGGCGGCUCUUGCAGUCGGGCUAGGCCCCUUGCGGGUGCUUUUUCUCGCCACGGGGGCUGCUCUGAGUUCAAGCUACGCCGGCCUGUGGGACGAGGAAACGCGGAAGCAUGGUGUCGAGCGUGCUGGUCUUGGCGCAAGUGGAAUUGUCCAGGGUUUCCUGGCGACGAUGGCGCUGACCCGUCCCUGGAUGCAAGUAUCCUUGAUGUUCAUACCUGUGCCAGUCUCGCUUCCGUUAGUUUGGGGACUUUUUGCUAUCUGGGAUUUCUACAAUCUAAGCAUGGCCCGCCAACACGGUGACAGUCCCUCCGCUUCCGGGUCAGUCGUAGGGUACGCGGCGCACCUGGGUGGCUCUGCUUUCGGAGCGCUCUACUGGCUUGUCCGCCUCAAGCCUGUUUUUGGAGGCGAAACCCAAGAGGAACCCAACGCGUGGAUGGCUCGCAUACCAGACGACAGGCCCAUCAACCACCUUAGCAUCCCCGGCACCCACGACUCGUGCGCCCGGUCCCAGGUAAUCUACGUCCAGACGCAGACGCAGACCGUGACGGAGCAGCUGCUCGCGGGCGUGCGCGCCCUCGACCUGCGGCUGCGCCGCCGGCACAACGGCCAGCUGUUUUGCUAUCACGGCGGCGUGCCCCUCGGCCCCUUUGGCAGGCCGCUGGCCCUCUCUGCCGUCAUGGCCGAGGUCUGGGCCUUUAUGAUACGGACCCGCUUCACCGAGACGGUGCUCGUGUCUAUCGACAACGACGACCCCGCGGAUCGUGGGUCCGCAGAAGGUCGUCAGGGAUUUUACGAGGCCGUCGACGGCUUUAUCAGGCAGACUCCGCGCUGGGGAAAGGGGGAGGGCGGGGUCGCCGGGCCAGAUGGCGGAGAAGGGUCCUCGCGCUGGUAUUUGGCCCCGCAGACGCCGACAUUGGGGGAGGUUCGUGGCAAGGCUGUCUUGCUGCGUCGUUUUGCUGCCGAAGGAGGACAUCGCACAUCCUCGCGUGCUGCCCACGGCGAGAGUAGCAGUGAAUACCCCAAGACGGCCGACGGGAUUGGAUUCGACCUCUCGGCUUGGGUCAACAACAGCCCUGACUUUAUUAUCCAAACACCACAUGCCAGAUUCCGGAUACAGGAUAGGUGGAAAUACUCGGAAAGGAUUCAGCUCGCCGACCUGAUCGAAUCAAAAACCGACCUUGUCAAGAACCUGAUGGACCAAGCCAUCCGGCAAGAACGAGAGCCGGAGCUUCUGGACGCAACGCCACACCAUGAUUCGUGGUUCAUCCACUUUACCUCGGCCGUGGGCGAACCCUUCAAGCACGGCGAGAUUGCAACGGCCAGGUCCAUCGCUGUCGGGGAUUUUGUCGGCUGGGGCAAGUGGCAGGACGGUGUCAACGUCGCUAUCGCCCAGUUCAUCAAGCAAUACGCGCCAUCUGGGCGCAGGCAGAGGCUCGGCGUGGUCUUUAUGGACUUUGCAGUCUUGCCCGAAGACGCCGAGCUACUGGACUCCAUCAUUGCGACCAACUUUAGCAGCAUUGGGGAGGCUGCUAUGGUGUGA